AUGCCUACAGACACCAUUCUUCCCUCUGCCUCCAAGUUACUGGGAAGUAUUGAAGCCAAUUUUACCCACACAAAGCUACUUUCAGAGCGAUGGUACCUUGUUGCACUGGCAGCCUUGGUAGGGGGGAAUGAUCCGGUCAUCUGCAAGGACCUUUACCUCUAUCUCAUUUCCAAACAGGAAUUCUCUCAGCCCCAUCAGAGAAGAGCUCUCAUCCAACGCAUCCGAGAAGCUCUGAUAAAGUGCAUCGCCGUUGUUGGCGUUUGCAAGCCUAUCGAGGCUAUCCUUUCCAUCAACGAGGUCGAGAGGGACGAAGACAAGGACCACAGCAUCACCAGAGAGGGCUGGCAGUGUAACGACGCCAACCUCGAGCGUGGAAACGACUGGAUGCAAAAGCUUUACUCGAAGAACAUGGACGAGACCAUGGGGUUCUUCCGUGAUCACAGGGACUUUGAAUGGGUCAGCAGACACAUCUCAUAUGGGCUGUACCUGAGCGAUCGCCAGGUGCUGGAUGACAUUGAUACUGAAAUUGUUGUGUUGGCAUCCAUCAUGAUUCAGAACCUUGAAAAGGAGACCCAUUGGCAUAUCAGGGGGUCAAGGCGGCUUGGUAUCCCCAGGGCCGAUGUUGAGGCUAUUCACGAUUCGGUGGGCGCUAUCGCCGGACACCUCGGGCUAAGUUUGCACCGCGUCCCGAGCGUUGAGCAGGUAGAACGCGAUGUAUAG